ACAAACCAAUGCGUCUCAUUAAUGAAUCGGUCGAAGUGCGUUGUGCAUCAUAGACGCCAAAUCGUCAAAAAUGUUUCAUCGUAUGCUUGUGAUAUUGUCGUUGAUUUUAAUCAUUUCAAAACAUGAAGCUGCAAGUCGAUCAGUGUAUUUUACAAUCGGUGGCUUAUUUCACGAAGAAAAUACCGAAACGGAAAUGGCUUUCAAGUAUGCAAUUGCCCGACAUAACAUGUACAAUAAUCAGGUAAAAUUUCGAACAAACAUUCAACGGAUUUCACGGACUGAUGCAUUUUCAGCCAGCAAAAUCGUAUGCAAUAUGACGGCGUCUGAAGAUGGUUUGGUAGCUAUUUUUGGCCCACCGUCACUCACAACCGGAGCCAUGGUGCAAUCGGUGUGCUCGAACUUGGAAAUUCCGCAAAUACAAAUUUCGUGGAAAGCCAACCUUCCGUUCCAACAUCAAACAAUUUUAAACAUUUAUCCAGAUCACGAUCUAUUAGCGCAAGCAUAUGCAACAAUCGUAAGGCAUACUGAUUGGAGAUCCUAUGCAAUUUUGUAUGAAACUAAUGAAGGUUUGUCUCAACUCAAUGAAGUAUUGAAACUUGCCAAUCCUAAAAGUGAUCCUGUAAUAAUACGACAACUGGAUACUCAACCUGGUGCAGAUCAUAGACCCUUACUUAAAGAAGUGAAAAAUUCAUCUGAAACUCAAAUCAUUUUAAAUUGCGCCGCUGAGAAUGUGAUAGGUAUUUUAAAACAAGCGCAAGAAGUUGGAAUGUUGGAAUAUCUGUAUAGCUAUUUCAUAACCUCACUUGAUGCACAUAUGCUGGAUUUUGAAUCCCUAAACACAAAAUCAAAUAUAACUGUUGUUAGACUUUUGGAUCCAGACAGUCCAAUUUUAAAUAACGCAGUGUUAGACUGGAUACAAGGUGAAUCAAAUACAAAUAAUUAUAUUACUAUCUCUCCUUUGAAAGUCAAAGCUGAAACCGCACUAAUGCACGAUGCCGUCAAUUUCUUCACGUCUAUUGUUCCACAAUUGCAUCUUACUGAACCAAUUAAGCCUGAGUCUAUGGAUUGUUCAGAACAACGUAAAUGGGCGGGUGGUUUUCGAAUUAGCAAUUUUAUGAAAAUUAAACAUAUGCUAAACUCAAUCACUGGACCAGUAAAAUUUAACGAGCAAGGACGACGAAUUGACUUCACACUGCAAAUUGUUGAGAUCAAUGAGGGAAAGCUGGAUGUAACUGGGAUAUGGAGUCCAAUUUAUCCAGAUGCAAUAAAUUUUACUCGAAGUUCGAGUGAACAAAUGCAACAAAUAUAUGAAAACUUACAGAAAACAUUAAUCAUUGUUUCGUCUCGUAUUGGACCACCUUAUCUACGAGAAGUUGUGCCAAAAGAAGGUGAAAUCCUCACUGGAAAUGAUAGAUAUGAAGGGUUUUCUAAAGAUUUGAUUUAUCUUAUAUCCCGACAUUUGAAUUUCACUUUUCGAAUCGAAUUAGCUGCUGAUGGGAAAUACGGAAAUUAUGUUCCAAAAACAAAAUCAUGGAAUGGGCUGAUAAAAGAUUUACUGGAUCGGAAAGCUCACUUAGCCAUUUGUGAUUUAACCAUCACACAUUCACGUAGAGCAGCUGUUGAUUUUAGUAUGCCUUUUAUGUCUUUAGGUGUGAGUAUUUUAUACAGUAAGGCAAAAAAGGCAGACGCAAAUAGAUUUGCGUUCUUAGAUCCCUUUGGAAUGGAAGUAUGGUUUUAUACAUUGACUUUAUUUCUCAGUGUUUCUGUUCUGCUAUAUUUUAUUGCCAGGAUGGCACCUGGAGAUUGGGAAAACCCACAUCCAUGCGAUCAAGAUCCUGAAGAGUACGAAAAUAUAUGGGACUUAAAAAAUUGCUUGUGGAUUACUCUGGGUUCUAUAAUGACACAAGGUUGCGACAUUCUACCAAAGGGAAUAUCUACUCGUUGGGGUGUUUCUAUGUGGUGGUUCUUUUCAUUGAUUAUGACUAGUUCUUACACAGCUAAUUUAGCUGCGUUCUUGACAAUGGAUCGAAUGGCACCUACAAUUGACAGUGCAGAAGCCCUAGUUAAACAGACUAAAAUUAAAUAUGGAACAGUUGAUGGAGGUUCUACCCAGACAUUUUUCAAGGAAUCUAAUUAUACAACUUAUGCCCGCAUGUGGACUCAAAUGGAGGGCGCGAGACCUAGUGUAUUUGAAAAAACAAACGCUGAUGGCGUAAAGCGUGUUUUAACUACCAAAAAUCAAUUGUACGCAUUCUUGAUGGAAAGUUCUCAGAUAGAAUACGAAGUUCAGAAAAAUUGUGAUCUGAAACAAGUUGGUGGACGUUUGGAUUCCAAGAGUUACGGAAUUGCCAUGCCAAUGAACGCACCAUAUAGAAGUGCCAUUAGCACCGCAGUGCUUAAACUUCAGGAAAAGGGAAGGCUUACAGAGUUGAAAAACAAAUGGUGGAAAGAAAAAGUUGAAGUUGAAGUAAAAUGUGAGGACGAAGGAAGUGCUUCCGGUGCUGAUCUACGAAUGACGAACGUUGGUGGUAUUUUUAUCGCAUUGGGAAUGGGUGUAGCUAUUGCAUUUCUUUUGUCUAUUGUUGAUUUCCUUUGGAAUGUGCGAAGUGUUUCCAUUGAAGAACAUAUAUCCUAUUUGGAUGCUUUGAAAGUUGAGACUAAAUUUGCAUUCAAAGUGUGGAUUACUCAGAAACGUGUCAAGCCUGAACUUUCUGAAUCUUCAUCAUCAUCAUCUUCAUCAACGGGAGGCGAAGACAAUGAAUCAAAAGAUGAAAAGAAAGGACUGAAAGAUAAGAUGUUGAAAAGUGGUGCAUCACUUUUACGUAUUGAUCAAAGAGAAAAAUCCGAAAGUUAAAUGAACAGGUUGUUUUAAUCGUACUAAGAUUUGAGUAGUUUAAAAUAUUUAACAUUAUCAGAGUGUUAUUUAUUGCAGUAUUUAUCACUACUAACCACUAAACUAUUUACCAACUUUUAAAGCUUUUAGAAACUCAACACGUCUUAUACGUAUUAGCCAAAUGAAACAACUGAAUCCAAGAUGCUGCAAGGAGCGAGUUCUAUUUUAUAAACUAGAUUUCUAUUCUGAAAGCGUGUAGAGCUUGAUCAUAUACGAGUGUUUUGAAAAGGGUCUUAGCGCACAAUACAAUACUUAGAAACUAUUUUAAGAAAAUUAUAUUUAUUGCGUUGUUUUCUGUAAGGUAAAAUUCAUUCAAAAUAAUUGUAUUGAUGAAUUAAUAAUACAUUCUUCAAUAUUUUCAUA